CAUCUUAUCCCCCAACACUUUUCCCGUCUCUCUCUCUCUCUCUCUCCAUGAAGUCGCCUAUUUCUCCUCCUUCUUCCAGUGUUAGAAGAAAAACAAAAGCAAAAACAAGGAUCAUAACAUCCCCCAGAAGAGAAACUUGCGGAACCUCUGAUCCGAACGCGACCGACUGGAUCAUCCAAGUCAACGAAAGCCUCGAGGGCAUGUCCUCCGAUGAGCAACAAUACUGGAAGAAAUGGUCUAUCUAUAAGGUCCCCUCCUACGUCGCUGACCUCAACCCCAAGGCCUACCAGCCACAGGUUGUCUCCUUUGGCCCCUAUCACCAUGGCAAAGAACAUCUCCGUCCCAUGGAGGACCACAAGCGCCGCGUGCUCUUCCAAUUUCUCAGGCGGUCCGGGAAGCUCCUCCAGCACUACAUCGAAUCCCUAAGGAAGGUGGCAGGGGACCUCGAGGCGAGCUACGAUGCGCUGGACCCGAAGUGGAAGGAGGGCAGCGUUGACGGCGCGGCAGACCAGUUCCUGGAGCUGAUGAUCACUGAUGGCUACUUCAUGCUCCAGAUCCUGAGGUAUGCGACAGGAAAGGUGAAGGGUGAGUACGAAGACAACGACCCCAUUUUCAGCAAACACGGGGAUCUCUACGUACAUCCGGUCAUUAGGCGGGACAUGCUGCUGCUGGAGAAUCAGCUGCCGAUGCUAGUGUUGGAUUGGCUGGUUGCUAUCUGCUAUGGCGUGCAGAAAGACGAAUCCAUCAACAGUCUCAUUCUCAAUUUCUGCUCCCGCAGCGUGGACAGCGUGAGCAAGGAAAAAUGCCUGCACGUCCUGGACGUCUUCAGGAAGAACAUGCUGAAAGAGCCCGAGAAGAAGGACAAGGCGGAGAGCCAGGUCAGCGAGGAGAUAAUCCGGUCAGCCACCGAGCUCCGUGAGCACGGGAUCUAUUUAAAAAAAAGUGACACCAACAGCCUAAAAAACAUCUCCUUUGACAGCGGGGUCCUGAGGCUCCCCGGGAUCGUGGUGGAUGAAGACACCGAGUCCAUGUUCCUCAACCUCAUCGCAUUCGAGCGCUUCCACGUCGGGGCUGGGAGCGAGGUCACGUCCUACAUCUUCUUCAUGGACGACGUCAUCGACAAGGGGCAGGACGUCGCGCUGCUCCACACCAGGGGCAUCAUUGAUAAUGCCAUGGAGAGUGACGAGGCGGCAGCCAAGCUGUUCAACUCGCUGGCCAUGGGCGUGGUGCUCGACCCCGACAGCAGCCUCCAUGACGUGAUCAACAAGGUCAGAGAGUACUGCAGGAAGAGAAGGCACAAGUGGAGGGCCAAUUUCAUCCACACCUACUUCAGGAAUCCUUGGGUUAUAUUGUCUCUCAUCGCCGGGGUCCUCCUCUUCGGGCUCACCAUGGUUCAGACCGUGUAUACCGUGCUCGGCUACAACAAAUGAACCCUCCCUUUGCUUCUCUAUACAAUAUUUUUCUUCUCUAUUUUUUGGUUUUUCUACUAAUGGCUCUCUUGAUUAGUUGUCGAUUGUUGUUAUUGUUAAAUACUCUCUCUAGAAUAGUCUACAAUACUCUCUCUCUCUCUUAGUGGUAGGUGAAUUUUGUGGCAGAAAAACGCUUGGGAAGUAGUUAAUGUUUGUAAUAAAAGAAGAGUCCACGUUGAAGCUCUUGUAGAAGACUUUCUUGUACUAUGUCGGUCAUUGGAGGACUAUAAAUAGGAUAAGCAUAAGCAUCCCUUGUACUUUGAGCCUUGUAAUAUAAAA